UCUCCGUCGUUAUUCCGCCUUCACUCGCUCCCUGCCUUGGCCUCCCCGGCCACGCGUUCGAACCAGACCGCAUGUCCACUUGGACAGAACAGCCUAUCCUCACCGUCCCCGACCGUUACCUGCCUUUUUGCCUUCUCCCAGUAAACUCGGUGUGAUACUAUUUAUCAGAAUUUUGGGCAACCUACCAUGAACGAUGAUGGCCAUACCAUCCAGCCAACCAGUAAUGGCGAAACCGAAGAGGGUAACGCCUCAGAGACCCUUCAGAAUGCCCGACUCGAAUCAGCAGCUCGAGACGCCCCUCCCGGACAGCCCCACACAUACGAAUCGGCCGCCGCUAUUCUCAAGAGCGCCCAGAACAAUCUGAACGCUGCACGUGGCAUUUGGGGCUCAAUAGAUUCGGAGGGACACCAACAAGGCACACAAUAUGGCCCUUAUCAGCCAUCAUCCGAAGGGCAGCCGCCCGGCUCGGCGGCCUUGCCUACCCAGGGUCGUGUGGUUGAGCAUGACCCGCAAGGCGGGCCGUAUGCCGGCCCCAGGAACGAGCAGUCCCGGUCUUCUAUCUAUGGAGCGAGGAGUGAUCCCAGAUUUGACCAGUCGAGCCCAGCACAGAUCCCAUCACGCGAGGGGAGCCGAUCGCACCACGCUGGCCGACCAGGUCCGCCCAAAACUGGGAACGGCCCCAAUGGCAUGAUGCCCGUCAGAAAGAGUUCCAAGGUUAUGGGAGGGGGUUACGCUCCAAUCCCCGGCAUUCCGCAAGCCCCGCCCGGCAGUUACGGACCGGAAGUACCAAUGCUUGCAAGCAGCGAGGAGUGGAAGGACCGGGGCGCUGCUGUCAGCGUGAAAAGAGAGGUCGAUUCCGAAGGGAGGACAGUAAUCAGGUCAGUCAAGAAGGGGGUUCGAGAUUUCUCGUUCGGGCGAAUACUGGGCGAGGGUUCCUACAGCACAGUCUUCCUUGCGACCGACCGCCAGACUCUGAGGGAGUAUGCAGUCAAGGUGCUUGAGAAGAAACACAUCAUCAAGGAGAAGAAGAUUAAAUACGUCAACAUUGAGAAGAACACCCUCAAUCGGCUUACCGAGCAUCCGGGCAUCGUUCGACUCUACUACACAUUCCAGGAUGAGGCGUCACUCUACUAUGUUCUGGACCUCUGCAACGGCGGAGAACUGCUUGGGGUCUUGAAGAAGACGGGAACCUUUGAUGUCGACUGCACGAGAUUCUACGGUGCCCAGAUCCUGGACGCGAUCGAGUACAUGCAUUCGCGGGGCGUCAUCCAUCGCGAUCUCAAGCCCGAGAACGUGCUCCUGGACGACCAAAUGCACAUCAAGAUUACCGACUUUGGCACUGCGAAGCUGCUGCCAGAUCCACGAGACCCAAGACCUCCAGAAGAUUCCUCUGGCCAAAACAACGCUCAAGACGACAAAAGGAACGCUUCCUUUGUCGGCACGGCUGAGUAUGUUAGUCCCGAACUUCUAACGGAUAAGGCCGUGGGCAAACCAAGUGAUCUCUGGGCAUUUGGCUGUAUCAUCUACCAACUCCUGGCCGGUCGGCCCCCCUUCAAGGCUGCGACAGAGUACUUGACUUUUCAGAAGAUUGUCAGCCUCGAUUACGAGUUUCCGGCUGGUUUCCCUCCUGCUGCGCGAGAUCUUGUUGAACGGUGUCUGGUGCUGGAUCCGGCCCGGCGGCUAACCGUGGAGCACAUCAAGAACCACGAAUUCUUCGAUGGGCAGCAGUUCGGCAAGGAGCUGUGGCGGACAAAAGCGCCACGCUUGCGACCAUACGUACCUCCAGCACAGGAACCCCACGUUAUCCAGCUCAAUGGCGGAGGAUCCAGUCCACAGAAGCCACCCAACUCCCGAGGGGCUCACGGUCCGCCGAACGGUUCAAGACCAGCCCGAAUCAUCACGGAACUUCCGCCGCCUACGCAGCUAGACAUUGAAUGGUCACCUGUCUUGACCAGAAACAACGAGCGGAUAUUGAAGCUCGGUGACUUGAUGGUAAUAUCAUCUCCCAUCCCAAACAGCCAGCAUGGCCGAGGCGACGGCGACGGGCACAAAAAGUUGGCCCGCUUCUUUGGUGGUAGCACAACCAAGAAGAGGCAGCGGCUUGUCAUGGUCACAUCUAGUGGACGCAUCCUGCUGGCUCCCGCUGGUGGUGAGGAGAAACGGGCCAAGCAGGAGAUCUCGCUGUUGGGAUCUGAUUGCGUAUGGAAGACCCAGAUAGACAGCAAAGGUCAGCCAGUAUGGUGUGUUGACACGAACGGCAUCCACUACACUUUUGAAGAACCCAAGUCGUCACAACAAAACAGCGACGCAAAGUUCUCGGUCGACGACUGGAUCGAGUCGCUAGAGCGCGCAAAAGAUCUGGCUAUAUCACAGAAUCUGAUCGGCACGUACAACAGCGACAACGGAUUUGGCGAUAUGUCGUCGUCAAUGUCGAGCCCGGCUAGCACCAUGGGAGGAGGGUUGGCAAGUUACAGCGAAGGAGGAUACAGUGUCAGCGACAGGUCGGGGCGCAACCAGCCUAGCAAAAGUCAAGCCAGCCUAGAGGAGGUAAACGUGAAGCGCAACCGCUUCAGCAAGCGACAGUCCAAAAACGGGCUGGGAGCGGCAUUCUGAUCCAAGGACACGCUGUGAGACGGCCGGUCCAAUGCAUUUCCCUCCCAGAUACGGACGGGGGUGGUGCGUUUCCGAAACCCCGACCGCAGGUAAUGCUGGGGGUUGGAAGGGGUUGGAUGAGCACAUGCACU